UAAGUCUUUCCGGCUUUAUAUUUGAAAAUAAAUAGAAAUUCCUACUUUCGAUCUAGUAAUCUAAUUAAUAAAACGCAAGCACAUUUUCGGUUUGCUUGCUCAACUAUACUUACAAAAUUAAUUGUGCGCGUGUAAAUGUAAAAGUUAUCCAAAUUUUCUGUGAAAACUCUAUGGCACAGAUUACGACUGAUAAAAGGUCAACGCAAAUGAUGCGUCCACAUACGACAGCAGCUAGUGUCGCAUCUGCCACAUCCUCUGCCACAAAGGAGAACACGGCCAGGAAUCAUGCGGCCCAGGCCCGUGGCAAGGGAAUUGAGAUAUUAGACUUUCAUGAGUCCUGGUUAGAGGAGGUGGAACUCUAUAAGGACAAGUUAGUGACGUGCAAGCAGCUGUCACAUCACAAUCACCAAUCGUCACAUCCAUCGUCGCACCAAUCAUCACAUCAUAACAACUAUAACGCUUUCGCCCCAACCCGUCUGUCUCCCCACAUGCGAACUGUAGGUGGUCAUACCUCGUCGGUGGCCACUGCGAAUCAAGCAGCAGCAGCAGCCGCAGCUGUCACAGUUGCUGCAACAGCAACAACAGCUGUUGCAACCAAAUUGCUUAAAGGACAAAUGCAGAAAACAUCGCAACUGUCGCACAGGCGAUCAAAGCUUACGGACGCUUCGUCUGCUUCCGUUGCCAGCUCAGUGCCCGCCAAAUCGUUACCGGCCCGCAUCCUACCCAAGUUGAACACGGUACCAGCUCCUGUUGUUGGGGUGCUCCAAUCAGAGCCGUACAAGAAGGUUCAGAUGCUUUUGAAGCGUGCUCGGGAGGAUGCACUUGCGAAGAACGCAACGAACGCCAGUGGCAACAGCAACAUCUGCAAGCGGAGCAAUAACAAUUCAGCUUGUCCCAGUCCGCCCCGGGGAGGAUUAGCCCAUAGUUCAAGUGCCUCGACAAUUAAGGCGGCCAGUAAGAUUGUUGUGAACACGUUCCAUGGCAGCAGCAUGUUAAAUGGUCAGCAGCAUGACGAAAAAAGCAAAAUACUCACCCAAAACGGUCUAACCAAAUCGGCCGCCUCGGCUCUGGAGACAUCGCUUUAUGCAUCGCUCUAUGCUCAGCCAUCACAGAUGCCAUUCCAAUGCUUGAACUCACGUACUACAGCCGGUGAGCAUUCUGGCAACUACAUGGGCGUCUCCUUGAAUAAGUGCGUUAGCAUCAACCAUGAAGGACGUCAGAACGAUGAUGAUCCCUGUGGUGCAAUUGAUGAAAUUACCAGUUAUGAUGAUUCGGAUUCGGAUGAGGACUAUGUGGGCACACCGUUCUACCUGGAGGACGAUAACGAUGAAACUAGCCAGAGUCGUCAUAUUCGCUUAAAAUUGGAAAAGGGGCCAUCUAAGACAUCGGUGGCAACAACAAAUACCACAGAUUCAGAAGUAUCGGUAUAUUUUAAACCAGAUGCAAUAUUAUCACCCAGUCUAUUUCCAAAUGUGCCGCCCUAUUUAAAUUUUACAUCGCAUGCUGACAAGGGUCCACCAAUGCCGGCUGCACUCCAUCGUGUGCUUAAAUGGAAGCUCAGUCCUGUUAUGCCAAAGAUUGUAAAGCGCGUGGUACUCAAUUCUGGAUUCCGCAUUAUCAAAAACACCACAGACUGGAUGGCCGUGUGGGAGAAGCAUAUGAAAAGCCCGGGUUUUCGUACAAUACGUUCGCAUCAGAAAUAUAACCAUAUGCCCGGCUCAUUUCGUAUUGGUCGUAAGGAUACAAUGUGGCGCAGCAUUGCAAACAAUAUGAAGAAAUUCGGUAAAAAGGAAUUUGGAAUUAUGCAGAAAUCGUAUAUAAUGCCUGAUGAUCUAGAACAUCUGCGACAAGUAUGGCCAAAGAAUGCUUCUAAGCUCACCAAAUGGAUAGUGAAGCCGCCAGCGAGUGCACGCGGCACUGGCAUACGGAUUGUGAACAAAUGGAGCCAAUUUCCCAAAGAUCGUCCCUUGGUAGUGCAAAAGUAUAUUGAACGACCGCUGCUGAUCAAUGACAAUAAGUUUGACAUGCGACUCUAUGUGGUAUUGACCUCCAUUAACCCGCUACGCAUCUAUAUGUUCAAGGAUGGAUUAGCCAGAUUUGCUUCGGUCAAAUAUAGUUCGGAGUUAGGCAAUCUUGACGAGCGUUGCAUGCAUCUGACGAACUACAGUAUAAAUAAGUUUUCCCAAAAUUAUACUAAGAACGAGGAUUUCAAUGCAUGCCAAGGACACAAAUGGACGCUGCAGUCUUUGUGGUCCUGCCUCGAAAACCGUGGCGUUAACACAAAGCGCUUAUGGGCAACAUUACGUAAUCUGGUAAUCCGCGGCAUAGUUAGCGGAGAAUCAGGCUUGAAUCGUAUGUAUCGGCAGAAUGUUAAUUUCCGUUACAAUUGCUAUGAACUAUUCGGAUUUGAUGUGCUGCUCGAUGAGAAUUUAGUGCCUUGGCUGCUCGAAAUCAACAUUUCGCCAUCCCUACACUCUGAGCUGCCGCUCGAUUUGCAUGUGAAAGGCCCGUUAAUACAAGCCGUAUUAAAUACGGCACUGUAUCAGGUCCCGCCCAAACUGAAUGAACGCCAGCAGCAAGAGAUACUGGAGGAGCUGCAGAUGCAAGGACCGCUAGUACAUGAUAAACGUAUCUUUACCACCUGUCUAACAGCCGAAGAGGUGCGGAAGCAUAAUCAUUUUACCAGUCGCGCCAUUGAGUUUCGUGAAGAAUAUGUGGAUACUAUAUUAGACAAUUUGCUGCCAGAUGAUGUACGCUGCCUUAUUGUUGCCGAGGAUGAACUAGCACGCUGUAAGCCGCUGGAACGCGUCUUUCCAACUGUGGGCACACAUGUAUUUCUACCUUACUUUGAAAAUGCGCGCUACUAUAACCGGUUACUAGAUGCUUGGGAGACCAAGUACGCCAAGAAUCGUGAACAGGGUAUUGCAUUGUUGUCGCGCUUCUGCAAGGAUAAAUAUCAUUUGCAGGUCUCCGAAGCAGCCAUGGAGAAGGAACCAAAUGUAGCUCUUACUGAGAUAGAUAUGCUGCACGUGAAAAAGGAUGAAAUUCUAGACAAUCCAACAAAUUUACCCCUCAUUAAGGCAGCUGAAAGCAGCGACGCAGCUUUGCAAGCAGCCAUUGGGUACAAACCGGCAGCACAUCACUGACAACUUAAGACUGAACAUAAAUUCAAUAAGCUACUGCUUCAUCAACCCUAUUGUCUGUUUGUUGAUUCGUAAUGGUGCACAUGAUAACAGUAACCAUACUAACUCCAGU